AUGCCCAUAAAAUUGUCAUUGUUAGCCAGCUUUUUUCUCCUAAGUUACGCAUUUGGCUUCUUUUCUCACGGGUAUGCGCCAAUCAGAGCUUCAUGUCCCUGGGGAAAAUUGACAAGAUCAUCUCUUGAGGGGCUCAAUGAGGACGAAAAAAAUUAUGUCGAUAAUAGAUACAGAACAGUUGCGAAACCAAGCCUUGAAUCAUUUCUCAAAGGUUUAAAUUUGGCUGACUUUGAUGUUGAUGAAUUUCUUGAAAAAGCCAACCCCACUAUAGGUUUAGCUUUCUCUGGUGGUGGUUUUAGAGCUCAGCUUGCUGGUGCUGGUCAAUACGCUGCAUUGGAUUCAAGAACAAGAGUGGCUAAUGGUAAAGGUUUGGGAGGUAUAUUGCAAGCUGCUAGUUACAUCUCGGGUCUUUCUGGUGGUUCAUGGUUGGUUGGCUCCUUGGUUAGCAAUGACUUGAUGUCCAUCGACGAAUUGAUUGACCAAAACACGUUGUGGCAAAUUCAGAAUACCUUGUUGUUUAAUGGAAAUAGUAUUCUCAGUAAUUUGGAUUACUGGCUUCUGAUCAACUUGGAAGUGAAAGGGAAGUUACUAGCAGGUUUCGGUGUGACCAUUACUGAUAUAUAUGGCAGGGCUUUAAGCUAUCAAUUGCUAGCCAACUUUGAAAAGUCUGGUGCUAGGUAUAGAUUUAGUGACUUGAGGUCUCAAAACGGUUUCCAAAACUAUCAAAUGCCUUAUCCAAUAUUGGUUGCACUUGGUCGAGCACCAGGAACUUCCAUUGUCAAUCUUAAUAGUACAGUGUUUUCACUCACCCCCUUUGAAGUUGGAAGUGAGGAUCCUUCAUUGCAAGCUUUUGUGGAUACCAAGUACUUGGGAACAUCGUUGGACAACGGGUCUCCAAGAAAGCUGUACUGCAUCAACGGUUUCGACAAUGUUGGGUUCUUUAUGGGCACAUCAUCCUCAUUGUUCAACAGCGUCAUUCUUGGAUUAAAUUCACAAGACCUUCCCGAGUUUUUGAGGAACUUGUUGAAUAAAUUCCUUGUCGAGCCUUUUGAGAGGUUGAAUGUUGAUGUGGCGCAUUAUAAUCCGAACCCGUUCUACAAGAGUCAAAAUGCGAGGAAUUCAAUUGAAAAGAGUGACACGUUAUAUUUGGUUGACGGUGGUGAAGACGGUCAAAAUGUACCUUUGGUUCCUUUACUUCGUCGGAACCUAAGCGUGAUAUUUGCAUUUGAUAACUCCAACGACCACCUAGGAUGGCCAGAUGGGACAAGUUUGAUCAAAACUUAUGAACGCCAAUUUUCAGCACAGGGGAGGGGAACUCCAUUCCCCUAUGUCCCGGAUCAAAAGACGUUUAAAAAUUUGAACUUGACUUCAAAGCCUGCAUUUUUUGGUUGUGAUGCAAAGAACUUGACCUCCUUGACUUCCGAUAUAUAUGACGUGCCUUUGAUAAUCUACACUGCAAAUCGUCCCUACACUUACUGGUCAAACACAUCAACGUUCAAAAUGGCAUACUCGUUAGAAGAGCGUAAUCAAAUGAUAUCUAAUGGUUUUGCAACAGCAACCAGAUUGAAUGGAACGUUGGAUGAAGAAUGGGAUGCUUGUAUUGGAUGUGCCGUCAUCAGACGUGAACAAGAGAGGUUAGGUCUUGAACAGAGUGAACAAUGUAAGCAGUGUUUUGAAAGGUAUUGCUGGGAUGGUACUAUUUAUGAGGGAGAGUCGAUCGGGGACAAUUUUGAUGACAACGGAAUCACCAGUGAUGCCACCUACUACAAUGCACAGAAUGUUCCCGGGUUUGAAACCUCAUGUAUCCUUUUCAAAAGAGAAAACCAAACCAACAUCGAUGUAAAAUGGAAGAGGAAAUGA